UUCUCUCAAGCCCCACCUCGCAGUUUCACUAAUCUGGUUCAUGAAGGCAUGGGCCGAGCGGAGCGGAUAAUCAAAGCGGUCAUGCUCCCAGUUGGCUCGCCUCCGGCCGCCGGACAACCAAAUCCUGCCGAACCGGCCUUUGCCUCGUCCACCAGUUUUGUGAUGGGCCCAGUUGAUCCGCAAUCAGCUGAGGUCUUUCUUACUAGCUACAAGCAGUUGCUGCCAGAUGCCUCCCCGAGUGACCUGCAAAAAGUUCUUGAAAUGAAGGGGGUUAAAUACGGUGAACUUCAAAUGAUUGUGGACAUCUUUAGGGGUCAACUGGACGCAUCACGUGACGCCAAAUCGACCAAUUCUGCAAGCGCACUAGACCAGCAGUCAGGCUCCAAGAAGGAUGAAGCUGAGUGUAAAACCGGGCCAUCUGAUUUAGUAACUGGUGAUGAUUCACCACGUUCUCGAACUCUACCUUCAACAGAAACACAAGCGCAAGGAAAUUUAAUAAAACCGUUGGAAAAAUUGGUGAAAAAGAAGCGGUAA